AUGCCCUGCUUUAAGGGCAUCGCAGUUAGCAUUCAUGCGAACUCUGCCCCACUCCCGGAAUACGGUCUGCAGAAGCAAUCUCGUCUCUCUCGCAUCAGCACCUACAUACCUGUUCCGCAACCUCAGCUAAACCCGGAGACAUCUAAACAUGAAGCAGCCAAAUUCGCAAUCUCAAUCACCUUACUGACGCCCAAUCACCCGAUUCCCUACACGACUCCGAAACCAACCGCUGCGAAUCCCCACCCGAGACCCCUCUACGCGGGGCCUCUUCCGUCGUCGACUUCUGAUCCCUCCAAGCAUGCCAACACCGUAACCCCGUAUAUCCCUAUGACAAAUUCCGAAAACGAAACUAUCGCUGCAUAUAUCUAUUUUGACGGACGAGCUAAAGAGGAGGUCGCUACUCUAUUACGGCCAGGAGAAGAAACCUGGGUUAACAGCCGUUGGGUACAAGUUCCUGACAGUGAAGGCGGUGGCUUAGCCGAGCGAGAAUUCCUGUUCCGCGAGGUCGGUUUAGAAAGAUGGCUCAACGGAUUAGACCUUAAAGGCCACGAUGCCGCAGAAAAGGUUGAGAAACGAAGACAGAAGUUCGAGAGACGUCACCGCCGGCAUAGAUCUACGCCCCACGGUGGUGAAAUGGAAGCGGAGAAGACUACAAAGACUCGAGAUACUCUAGCCUACGGUGCGGACGACCAAUCCCCUCUAGGAAGCCCCGACGACUCGGGUGACGAUUCUAUGUCUGAUGACGACGAACCUCCUGAAGCUACCGGUCAAAUUAAAGUGGCUAUGUUCCGAGUGAUUGCCUCUGGAGAAAUUAAGAAGGGAGAGUAUUCACCUCAGUUCGAUGCCCACGACGAUGAUGACGAAAGUGAUGCCGAAAACAAGGGGGGUAGCAAUGGGGCUAUCGAUGCGGACGUCGAGCACACCACUAGUUUUGCUAAGCCGAAGACUCUGGAUCCGAAGACUAUCAGUACUCAGACAGUGACUGGGAUCGACGGUCCCGACAAACCAUAUGCGGUUUUCACCUUCUUCUACCGUGGCCAACGCCAACUUACUAAGAUGGGAUUGUUCCCCGGCGCCAAAAACGACCAAAAAGCACCGGGUGCUAAGAGACGAUCUACUCAACUAGAUUUCUCUGGCCUCGGCCCAUUGAAAUCUACUGGUACCGUUGGAUUCUCCGCUUUUAGAGAUCAAGGGGCCGAAAAAGCCAAGAGACGCAAGGCUCGGAGGAAGAGCAGCAGCGCAAACAACGGCAACCUUAUGGACGAAGAUAGUGAUGACGAUGAUGAUAACGAUGUUGAUCCCCUUACCAAGAUGCAGGAGAAUGACGACAAGGACGUCAAGACCCAUCUGGCACCAGAAGAUGCCAAGGUAACCGGGGAAUUACAAGCUGGUAUUGACCGGAUUCGCCUCAAGCGACAGCAUUCAACGGAACCCGAUGCUUCCGGUGCAUCAAGCUCGAGAGUAUCACCUGGUGCAGGCGCUAACGCUGGGGAAUCCACACCCACGGAAUCGUCAUCAAGCAAUCAAGCCGUUCCUAAUUCGGUAGCAAACCUACUUUCUCAAGCUUUCAACGGAGAUACGACUAUUGGAAGUCCCUUAAAGAAGCAACGAGCAGACGAUGAGACGCCAGACCGUUCUAUAGGCUUCCCGUCUGCCUUAGGCGAUGUAUUAGGUAGAGCUACAGCGGACCAACAGAAGAAGGAAGCACAAUCUUCGGCCCCAGUCGAGGAUGAGGUACUGUAG